UCCAAAAAAAUAAAAAAAAAUCCACAAGCGGUUAUCCUCGUUUUCUUUCUUCCUUGUCUGCCUUUUUUCACAUUCUGGUCUCAAACGCUCUUCCUCACAAAUAUAUGGUAAUACCUUGAUGGGCUUUGUGAGAAGUUGAAAGGAUGUUGGGUUUUACAUAUGUUUUUAUUAAUGAGCACAUCAAUGGUCUUUCGCGACAAUUUCAAGCUAAUCAACCAAAACCUAUCCCAAACCUCCUCACUCUCUGUCUGUUGGCGUAAUCCAUCGAGUUUUUUUGUUAAUCUCAGUUGCAAAAGAAAAAGAUUUUCUGGAUUCGUCGCAAAUGCUGAAAACAACAAUAACAAAUAUUCCAGGAAAAGAAGCUGGUGGCAAAGGUUCUUUUUCGACGAUGACGGUAAUUGGCUAGGUCUCAAGGACGAUGACAUGGAGGAGGAAGGGGAGGAUAUGUUGUCAGAGUCGGCGGAGGCGUCAGAAGGAGGUAAAUUUGAGGCAUGGAAGAGGAGGGCUGAGGCCAUGAUAGAGUUGAGGGAAGCGCAAGAGGAUAUGAGGAAUGAGGAGAGCAGAAGAUGGGAGGAUUGGAUUGUGGUCGGGGAUGAUAAUAAGCAUGGUGCUGCAAAAGAUUGGGAUGAUGAUGGCGUUGAGGAGGAAAAAGAAAACGGUUUGGUUCAGUCUGUCAAAGAUUUGGUUCUUGGGAGGGAAGAUGAGGAUAUAUUGUAUGAGGAUCGUGUUUUUCGGUAUGCCUCCGUGAAUUCGGCUAAGUUUGUGGCAGCACUGUUACUUAUACCCUUGGCCUUGGAUUUUGUGGUUCAUGACUAUUUUCUUAUGCCUUUUUUGGACAGAUAUGUGAAGACUGUGCCGUUGGCAGCAGAAUUGCUUGAUGUCAGAAGAAGUCAAAAGCUUGAAAUGGUUAAGCAACUACAGGUUGAGAAAGCAAGAUUCCGUUUUGAGGUGGAGAUAGGUAAAUCUCCCCCUCUUUCUGAUGAAGAACUUUGGUGGGAAUUGCGGCAUAAAGCGUUAGAAUUACGAGAUGAAUGCAGACUAGGGAACCGUAAAGCAUUUGCGAACAUAUGGUCAGAUAUGGUAUUUGGCAUUUCACUGUUCCUUCUCUUACACUUCAAUCAAAGUAAGGUAGCUUUGCUGAAAUUUGCAGGUUAUAAAAUAAUAGGUAACAUUUCAGAUGCUGGAAAGGCAUUUCUCAUUAUAGUGAUUGCGGAUAUUUUUUUAGGGUAUCAUUCUGAAGCUGGUUGGCAUACUUUGGUAGAGAUAAUUGUUGACCAUUAUGGACUCCAAGUUGAUCACUCUACUAUAACCAUUUUUGUCUGUCUGGUUCCAGUUUUUAUUGAUUCAUGUGUGAAGCUUUGGUUGUUCAAGUUUCUUCCUAGAUUAUCCGCAAAUGUUGCAAGAAUACUCCUUGAAAUGAGACGUCACUAGUGAUUUUUUUGGCAAUUGCAUUUAUCUUCCUUGUAGAGUUGUGCCGGAUUUUGCAAGUAUUAGCUAAAUGGGAAACAACGCAUGAAAAGUUUUUGAAAUGAAGCUUCAAAUUCUUGUGAAGCUAGGAGCCUUUUCUGGUUUAGUGCUUGAUCCGUCAUGUGUUUAUUAUAUAGAGGACUUGGUAGCCCAAAAGAUCAUUUAUAGUUUCAAGUGCCUUCAUUCAAAGUGAGCUGUAAAACUGUUAUGAAUGUUGGUAUGCCAGGGCAGGGAUUGGCCUUGGAUAGGCAUGCCCCAUUACAUUUCCUUUCCUUAACAAAAAAUGUGCCAGAUUGCUUAUCGUACAAAAAUGUGUACUAAAAAAGGGGUAUGAAUGUUACUUAAAACGCAAAUUUGAAUUCUGAAUGUAUGCCUUUGUUUUGUUUCUUAAACCACCAAUUUUGAGUAGUAUGUAUGUGCCUUUGUUUAUCAAAACAGCAAUUUCAAAUUAUGUUUUUCUUAAAAAUAAAAAUUCGUCGAAAAAACCUGUCAAAAGAGGAUAAAUCCCACUUUGAUGACAGGAUAGAAUCACCAAGCUUGGUUCCCUGCAAAACGAACAAGCGCAGUAGAUUAACUUAUCUUGACGGUUCUCCUGGGUUGCUAUUGGCAUGAUAUCCAUUAACCAGUAAUCACCUUCCCUCUGAACGUAGACAGAACGUCCAGGCCUGUGAACUAAAAGAAAAGGAAGUUUAUAAACCUUGAAAAUCCAGCAUGUUCGAGAAG